UCAUCACUUGUGGUGCGCGAGGAUGAAAUAUUUUCCCUGGCCUGUACGUGUCAGAACGCGGGGUUAGACUGGUACAUCGUACAGGCUCUCGACUGCGACUUUGUCGGCGCGCAGUACCUAAAAAAAGGCAUCAAUCCCGUGUUAAAGGUCAAGGCCGCGCGUGACAUGGACGGUAAACACUGCACGUGCUCGGCUACAGAACACAAGCAUCACGUGAUCAGUACAUCUCUGACGAUCCAUGUACAGUACGCAGCCCACGUGACACGAUUUGAGAUGACCAACAGCAUCGGAACACCUUUACAGCAGGCGAUAGUACAAGCAGAAGUCAUCAAAUUCGCCUGCGCCUCUACGGGAAAUCCCGUUCCAUUUCUGCAGCUGUAUCAUGAAGGCGAAUUCGGAGAAAGGACAGUUCUAAAAAAUACGACAGGCCAUCGUCUGGUCCACACACUGUCAGCAGUCUGCAGUCUGGCGGGAAAGUUCGUCUGUAGUGGCAGGAACAGUCUCAAUCAUUACGUCAGCACACAGGAGAAAGUGCUGCGAGUUCAAUGUGAUCCCGGUCAAUGUCCAACCACCGGCUCUAAUGAUGUGACCUACACAGUCGCCAGAGACAACACAGUCAUUGUAGAGUUGUGUGUUAUGUUGUACACGCCUCGAGAUCUGGAUAUUGUACUGUACAAAGUUGAAGACAAUGCGACAAAAAUCUCCAAUGUGACAUACAAAACGAGCAUCAGUUACCCGACUUCAUCACAAGUUCGAGCCAAUUUGAGGAUUGAAAUGAAAGUAACAGAAGAGGAUCAGAUAGGAGGGUACAAGGUCUGGUUGAGAUACGGCAACAAAAAGAUUGAAGUUCUGUCUUUUGAACUCAAACCAAAAGCACCUGAGUCUCUCACUACCACUAAGACAGUCAAGACAGUGAACAAUUUUCUCUGGUACGUUUUGCCACCUGCCGCAAUAUUGAUCAUAGUGACGUCAUCUGUUAUUAUAUGUGUAUGCAGGAAUAAAGAUUUUCUCUGCUUUCGCUGCUCCUACAAGACGGGAAUACCCGACCAAAACCAUUACGUGAACUGCGGGCAAAUCGUCACCAUGGCAACAGACGCGAGUAGCGAGACUCGAAACUCACCGGACGUACAGGAAGACGGCUUUUUACAGCCAGUUGACGGGACCUCGGAUGGGAUACGGGAAUCACGUGAUGAGCCUGUCUCAAGAGCAGAAGCCACGUACAGUACUGUGAGAGUUCCGGAGAUUAUUAUUUUGUCUCAGACUCGCGCUUAUAAUGUGAUGCAACGUUUUGAGCUAAACUAAGCACAACAAAUGGCAUUAUAUUU